AUGGAGACCCUGCUUGGUGGCCUGCUGGCGUUUGGCAUGGCGUUUGCCGUGGUUGACGCCUGCCCCAAGUACUGUGUCUGCCAGAACCUGUCUGAGUCGCUGGGGACCCUGUGCCCGUCCAAGGGGCUGCUCUUCGUGCCCCCUGACAUCGACCGGAGGACGGUGGAGCUGCGCCUGGGCGGCAACUUCAUCAUCCACAUCGGCCGCCAGGACUUCGCCAACAUGACGGGGCUGGUGGACCUGACGCUGUCCAGGAACACCAUCAGCCACAUCCAGCCCUUCUCCUUCCUGGACCUUGAGAGCCUCCGCUCCCUGCACCUCGACAGCAACCGGCUGCCCAGCCUCGGGGAGGACACGCUGCGCGGCCUGGUCAACCUGCAGCACCUCAUCGUGAACAACAACCAGCUGGGCGGCAUCGCCGACGAGGCCUUCGAGGACUUCCUGCUGACGCUGGAGGACCUGGACCUCUCCUACAACAACCUGCACGGCCUGCCCUGGGGCUCCGUGCGCCGCAUGGUCAACCUGCACCAGCUCAGCCUGGACCACAACCUGCUGGACCACAUCGCCGAGGGCACCUUCGCCGACCUGCAGAAACUGGCUCGCCUGGACCUCACCUCCAACCGGCUGCAGAAGCUGCCCCCGGACCCCAUCUUUGCCCGCGCCCAGGCCUCCGCUCUGGCCGCCACGCCCUUCGCCCCGCUCUUGUCCUUUAGUUUUGGGGGGAACCCGCUGCACUGCAACUGCGAGCUUCUCUGGCUGCGGAGGCUGGAGCGGGAGGAUGACCUGGAGACCUGCGGGUCCCCGGGGGGCCUCAAGGGCCGCUACUUCUGGCACGUGCGCGAGGAGGAGUUUGUGUGCGAGCCGCCGCUCAUCACCCAGCACACGCACAGGCUGCUGGUCCUGGAGGGCCAGGCGGCCACGCUCAAGUGCAAGGCCAUUGGGGACCCCGGCCCCCUCAUCCACUGGGUGGCCCCGGAUGACCGCCUAGUGGGGAACUCCUCGAGGACUGCCGUGUACGACAAUGGCACCCUGGACAUCUUCAUCACCACCUCCCAGGACAGCGGCGCCUUCACCUGCAUCGCGGCCAACGCGGCCGGGGAGGCCACGGCCACCGUGGAGGUGUCCAUCGUCCAGCUGCCCCACCUCAGCAACAGCACCAGCCGCACCGCGCCCCCCAAGUCCCGCCUCUCGGACAUCACCGGCUCCAGCAAGACCAGCCGGGGAGGGGGAGGCAGCGAGGGCGGGGAGCCGCCCAAAAGCGCCCCGGAACGGGCUGUGCUUGUGUCUGAUGUGACCACCACCUCGGCCCUGGUCAAGUGGUCGGUCAGCAAGUCGGCGCCCCGGGUGAAGAUGUACCAGCUGCAGUACAACUGCUCCGACGAUGAGGUGCUGAUUUACAGGAUGAUCCCGGCUUCCAACAAGGCCUUUGUGGUCAACAACCUGGUGUCAGGGACCGGCUAUGACCUGUGCGUGCUGGCCAUGUGGGACGACACGGCCACGACGCUCACGGCCACCAACAUCGUGGGCUGUGCCCAGUUCUUCACCAAGGCCGACUACCCGCAGUGCCAGUCGAUGCACAGCCAGCUCCUGGGCGGCACCAUGAUCCUGGUCAUCGGCGGCAUCAUCGUGGCCACGCUGCUGGUCUUUGUCGUCAUCCUCAUGGUGCGCUACAAGGUCUGCAACCACGAGGCCCCCGCCAAGAUGGGGGCCACCGCAGUCAGCAACGUGCACUCGCAGACCAACGGGGCCCAGCCGCCCGCUGCGGGCAGCGUGCCCAGCGGGGCCCCCGCUGGGGAGACGGCCGCACUGGGACUGGGACGGGGCCCCUGGAGGCUCCCGCCCCCAGCCCCACGCCCCAAGCCCAACCUUGACCGCCUGAUGGGGGCCUUUGCCUCCCUGGACCUCAAGAGUCAGAGAAAGGAGGAGCUGCUGGACUCCAGGACUCCGGGCGGGAGGGAGUCUGGGACUUCGGCCAGGGGCCACCACUCGGACCGAGAGCCGCUGCUGGGACCACCUGCGGCCCGGGCCAGGAGCCUGCUCCCCUUGCCCCUGGAGGGCAAGGCCAAGCGCAGCCAUUCCUUCCAUUCCUUCGACAUGGGGGACUUCGCAGCUGCAGCUGUGGCAGCAGGAGGGGUCGGGCCAGGUGGCUACAGCCCCCCCCGCAGGGUCUCGAACAUCUGGACGAAGCGCAGCCUCUCUGUCAAUGGCAUGCUCUUGCCCUUUGAGGAGAGUGACCUGGUGGGGGCCCGGGGGACUUUCGGCAGCUCCGAAUGGGUGAUGGAGAGCACCGUGUAGGCUCGGGGUGGGUGUCCUCCCUCCUGCUCUUGCAGGCGGAAGAGGGGAAGGAAGCUUUCCUGGCGAGUCUUUGUGGGGUUUCCAUGGUUAUGUUUACAUCCAGGGACAAUUCAGUCUCUCUGUCCACACCCCCCCCUCCCAACACCUCCC